ACUUCUUUCCGUGAUAUGAAGAGAUAUGCUGACGGGCACCAGAUGCUGAACAUAAAACAUGUUGCCGUGCGCGUGCAAAACAGUCAAGAAAAGAUAUACAUACUUCAAACAGUAAGGUACCCAAACGUACUUGGGCUUAGCAAGAUGCUCGGCUUAUCGUUAGCAGUGUGUGCCGGAUUGUGUGCGGCCUGCGCCUCGGCAUUUGCCAAACUGGCCAUGUCGGGAGAGGAGAUCGCCCUCGUGUGUCAGAGCCUGGAAGAGUCUGUCGCCAUGGGAACGCUGAUGCCCAACUGCUCAGUGGUCACGACAGUUCUACGUGGCAUAUCAUUCUCCCUUCUGUUUCUCUUCAAUGCAAUCAUGUGGACCUUGUUUGUCAAGUCACUACAGCUAGCCAGGUCAUCACUAGAGGCAACGAUUACCAACAGUUCAGCUAACUUGUUCUUUACAGCAGUGAUUGGUUAUGUGGUAUUCGGCGAAGCGUUGUCGCUGACUUGGGGUCUGGGAUCCACAUUCAUCAUCCUGGGCCUGUGGAUGAUUCACAGGGGCGGAAGGACCAAGGACGAAGUUAAGGAAAGGUGAUGGACUGCGGCAAACAUGCUGUUUUGAAGGUUCGAGGUCGGCUUAUGUAUGAAAUGUUGAGGGCAGUGUAUGUAGUCUUCUCAUCAGAGCCAAGUGAGUGCACUGUAAUGGAUCUAAGAAGGACCUGUUUUAACCACUUCGCGCUGGGAUUAUUUUUGCUGAACAUUUUGCUUUUCGCAAAAGGCAAACAUUUUCUAGCCAACU